AUGACUCGGUUUUAUAGAUACUUUGCCACAGCUGCAGCUCUUCUCACCAGCGUGAGUGCCAGUCCGAUCGCGGCGACUGGAGCUUCUCAAGCUGGUCCAACGGUGACAAUUGCAUCUGGAGUGGUUGUGGGAUUUGCAACAGAAGUAGUCUCAGCUUCGACGUCAACUGCUUCAGCAUACAACUAUCUAGGCAUACCGUUUGCCCAACCGCCCACAGGAACUCUGCGAUUUGCUCCUCCUGCAACGCCCACAGCAUGGUCGACACCUUUGCAAGCAACGCAACUUCCACCAGCAUGCUACGAGCAGUUUAAUGCUCCAACCGCCGACUUUAUAGAGGCAAUAUUUGCCAAUCCUGGUGGACCAACUUUACAACAGAGUGAAGACUGUUUGUACCUAAACGUUUAUGCGCCGACUGAUGCAUCGACGACAAACAAGAAAGCAGUGUUAUUUUGGAUCUAUGGUGGCGAUUUGCAAUUUGGUAGUGGCUCACUCAUCACAUACAAUGGGUCCUCAUUCGCUGGAUUUCAAGAUGUAGUGGUGGUUACAUUUAACUACCGAACAAAUAUCUUUGGGUUUUCAAAUUCGCCACAAAUCCCAGUCGGUCAGCAGAAUAGCGGAUAUCUUGACCAGCGACUAGCUCUUCAAUGGGUUCAAGACAACAUUGCUCAAUUCGGUGGUGAUCCUGACCAAGUUACCAUCUUCGGCGAAUCAGCAGGUGGCUGGUCAGUAAAGCAACUACUGGCCCAACCUCCAUCGCCUCUUCCAUUCCGAGCAGCUAUCCUAGAAUCUGAAGCUACAAUGUUCACGGGAUCCGCUCUAGCAAGCUACAAUCAAGUCCUCAGCAAUUUCGGCUGCGCAUCUUCUCCGGCUCCAUUGACCUGCAUCCAACAAGUCAACGCCUCCUCCAUCAUAACAUACAUCUCGACCAACGCCCUAAGUUUCGCCCCAGCAAACGACCACGUAACAUCAACCACAGACGUCCGUCCCAACAUCCUCUCCAAACAAUGGGCACCCGUCCCCUUCUUCCUCGGAACCAACGCCAACGAAGGCCGCGUCUUCGCCGCCGCCGCCGGGCUUGACCAAUCCAACCUACCGAUCACUUCCGGGGAAGUAAUCGCAACUCUCCUCCCCAACCUAACCGAUUUCCAGAAUGCGUCUCUGCAAGUCUACUCCAGCCUAGUAAACAACACAUAUCUCUUCGCCAGCCAAGUCAUCACGGACCUCGAAUUCACCUGUCCGGCAUCCUCUCUUUCUUCGUUCGCGGCGGCGAACGGCUUUGAUGUGUGGCGGUAUUAUUAUAACGCAAGUUUCCCGAACGAGAGUCCGUUCACGGACGCGGGCGCAUAUCAUAGUUCCGAGAUCCCGCAGGUUUGGGGCACGUAUGGGUCGUUUGGGGGAGCGACGGCGACGCAGGAGGGCCUGAGUGCUUAUAUGCAGAAGACGUGGGCGGAGUUCGCGAAAAGUCCUGCGGAGGGACCAGCGGUUGGGCAGGGGUGGCCGAGGUUGGGGAGUACGGGGACUGGGAGGGAGCUAUGGCAGUUGGGAGGCCCGGGUGCGCCGGAGGGGGGCGAGUUGAUUGAUUUGAGCGUGGCGGAUUAUGGGUGUGUGGUUUUUGAUCCGAUUGUUGCUUUUGAGGGGUUUUGA